AUGAUGAAAAUUAAAAAGUAGAAAAAUAAAAGAUCAAAAUAUAAGAGCAUAAAUUCUAAUGAAAGAGCUCUUAUCAUUCAAUAUAUUGAAGAAUACAAGUACUCUACAUCUCAUGUAUAAUUAUUUUUAUUUUCAGGUCUCUUUGAUUACAGGACAUAAAACUUCUACAAUUAAAGCUAUAUAUUAAGUUUAUAAAAAGGAAGGUAGAAUCAAUAAGAAAGAAAAAAGAGAUAAAAUUCUCAAUAUAACCACUUAAGUAAUAUUAGUUGUGUAGGAUGAUAUGUAUAUGAAUUAUUAUAUUUUAAGAAAUAAGAGUUAUGUUAAAUUAGGUGAAGAAAUUAAGGAGUUUAAAUCUAUUAACGAUGAAGAUAAUAAUGUGAAAGAUUCUAAAGAGAAAAUGAUUAAAGAAUAGCUUUUAAACAAGAAAUAUCAAAUUCUAAAUUCACUAACAAAAUAGUAGGCUGUUGAAAAUUUUACAUAAGAGAUGAAUACUAUAAUCUAAAAGAAGGCUUUAACUAAUGAAUUUCUAAUAAUUAAACAAAAUUCAGAUCUAAAAUGUUAACAAAAACAAUCUUUAAAAUUAUCAAGAAAUAAAUAACAAGAAAUUUUUUCUGAUAUAACUUAAUUUCCAUAAAUUUAAAAUAACAGUUUUAACUAAUAAGUCUUAAACAUACUUGAGGAAUAACAUAGAUUAAUGAGAUUGUGA